AUGACUAAUGUCGUUGAUUUUCAAUGUACGGCAGCAUCUCAACAAACGGUCAGUGAAUAUUCACGACGAGAAUUGCAGGAAACAUUUUCGAAAUAUGAUCCAGAUGGUACUGGAGCAACAUCGAUCAAAAAUCUUAAGACUAUUCUUCGGUCACUUGGUUUCGAGCCACGAAAUGACGAAAUACGAGUUUUGACUGCAAAGAUUGAAGAAAAUGGAAAACAAAAAGAUAAAGUUACAUUUAAAGAGCUGAGUGAUUUAUUGAGCGAAAAGUUAGAUGAACGUAAUGGGAUCAAAGAAAUGCAUGCUGCUUUUGAAUUGUUUGAUUCUGAUUUCAAAGGGUAUAUCACAAUUGAUGAUUUGCGAAGAGUUGCUGAAGAACUGGGUGAAACGAUACCGGAAGACCAACUAAAAGAAAUGAUUCUGGAAGCUGAUACCCGUGGUAGUGGUAAUGUUUGCGAAAAUGAUUUUUACACUGUAAUGAAGAAAACCUCACUCUAUUAA